GGAGGCAAAAUCUUUUUCCCAAUUAAAAAGUGCAUCUCUAUGGCUCUGUAGCUGGCCUCAAUGCUUAACGUCAGGUGCCUUCACAUAGCAUCAGACUAAUUCAAAUUCAUAUCACGUGAUAAUUAUUCAGAAGAAAAUAUUUUUUAAUACAUAUUUUUUCAUAGUUAAAACUCAAAAUCAAAACUUAAAUUUUUUCAUAUUCAAAACUCAAAAUCGAGACGUGUGAUAUAAAUUUGAAUCCUGUAUGGUUAAGGUUUAAGAUUUUUCUUAUGCAAAAAAAAAGAAAGGCAAAAAUCCAACUCAAAUAAAACUAUCCUUUUUGGUACCACACCACCACCACUACAUAUAUAUAUGUAUAUAUACAUAAACAACACGUAUAAAUACUCCUUCCCUCUCUUACAACAAAAAUCCAUCUAGGGUUUUACCGCCGCCGUCGUCGUCGCCGUCAUCAUUCUCCUUUCUUACAAAACCCUAACAAUGCAACCAGCGAAUAACAUGUCGGGGCCACCACAACAACAACAGUACCAGCAACAGCAGCCGCCGCCACAACAACAACAUUGGAUGGCUCAGCAACAGCCGGCAACAUAUCAGGUUCCGCCGCCGCAGCAAUCGGGGUAUUAUUACCAGCAGCCACAGGAACCGCAGUACAAUGCUGCAGCUGCGGCGGGAGGAGGAGGAGUAGCGGCAGCUCAGCCGACUAGCUCCGAUGAGAUCCGGAGCUUGUGGAUUGGAGAUCUACAGUUUUGGAUGGAUGAACAGUACAUCCAAAAUUGCUUUGUUCAUACUGGAGAGGUGGUCUCUGCUAAAGUUAUCCGUAACAAGCAAAGUGGACAAUCUGAGGGUUAUGGAUUUGUUGAGUUUGUUAGUCAUGCAGCUGCAGAAAGAAACCUACAAGCAUAUAAUGGCACUGUGAUGCCUAAUAGUGAGCAACCCUUUAGACUCAACUGGGCAUCUCUCGGGUCGGGUGAAAAACGUUCAGAUAAUGGUCCUGAACACACUAUCUUUGUUGGAGACUUGGCAGCUGAUGUCACUGACUAUAUGCUUCAGGAGACAUUCAGGGUCAACUACCCGUCAGUCAAGGGUGCAAAGGUUGUGACUGAUAGGGUCACUGGGCGCACAAAGGGUUAUGGGUUUGUUAAGUUCGCUGAUGAAAACGAGCAAUUGCAUGCUAUGACUGAGAUGAAUGGCAAGUUCUGCUCCACUAGGCCUAUGCGGACAGGUCCUGCAGCUAACAAGAAGAGUGUUCCUGGUCAGGUGCAAGCUUCUUAUCAAAGUACCAAUGGAACUCAAAAUGAGGAUGACCCUACUAAUACAACUAUUUUUGUUGGCAAUUUGGAUGCCAAUGUGUCAGAUGACCAUCUAAGGCAGGUUUUCAGCAAUUAUGGACAGUUGCUUCAUGUGAAAAUACCAGUAGGCAAACGUUGUGGUUUUGUUCAAUUUGCUGACAGGAGUUGUGCAGAGGAAGCUCUACGAGCAUUGAGUGGAACUCAGCUGGGUGGACAAACUAUCCGCCUUUCAUGGGGCCGUAGUCCUUCCAACAAGCAGCAGCCUCAGGCUGACCCAAAUCAGUAUGGUGGUUAUUAUGGGUAUACAGCUGGAUAUGAUGCCGCCGCUGCAUAUGGUUAUGCUCAACCUGCUCAGGAUCCAAAUCUUUAUUAUGGGGGUUACGCUGGGUAUGGAAAUUACCCUCCACAGCAGCAACCACCACAGUGAUCUGCUGGUUAAAGGAGUCGCUGAUAGCUUCCUAGCUUGGUAAUGCAACGAUAUAGGCAUGGAUUCGAAGUUGCAUCAGAUUAGUAUAAGAUAGCUGUUGUAGGCUGGUUCUGGAAGAUCAUCAUGGUUGUGCUCAAUCGUCACAUACUUUUAUUAGUUAUCUUCUGCCUUUUCUAAAUUGGUUCUUUAUUUUUCUUUUUGGUUUGCAUUUUUUUUGUUUAUUUCAUGUGCCCAACUUGGUUUUCGAUAUUGUUACUUGUUUUUUAAGGCUCAAGGUUUAUACUUAACGAGGGGUAAAACGUACAUUGUAAUCUGCUAUGCUCGUAUAAGUUAAAUGCUUCUAAAUUAUAGCCCCUUUAUUUAACCUUGAAA